ACACUUUAUACCGAUGCUUAGAUUGUAAACAAACCCAGUGGAAAAAUCUGUUCAUUUCAUUUGAAGGAAGACUGAAUUUGAAUAUCAGCAAAUCUCUAAUAUCUUGUUAGGUGGACUAUUCAAAUAAAGUGUUGUGUUGUCCAAAUUUGCAAGUAAUCAGCAAAUCUGAUCACACAACUGCCAAUUCAGAUGAACUCCUCUAUGGCCUGUUGCGUCCUGCUUGUUCAUAACUGCAGGCGUACCUCUGUGUAUGGUAAACCGCUCAAGUAAACCGCUGCAGCUCUCCGAACAGGUUUAGGCCCCAUAAUCUUAUGCUGUAACAUUUUUGAGGGUCGCUUCUGUCUUCUUGUGCAGUUGCUAAGCCAGCUUUUGUAGUGUGGAAUAAAGCUGCAUCAGCCCCGUGCUGCAACAGAUGGGGCAUGUCUGCGUCCCAUGUGGGUUUUCAGCGUAGCUACCACAUGCUGUGUGGAAGCACAAUAUGUAUAUUUACUGACCCCUGGUGGUCAAAGUUGUGAACUUCAACCCAAUGGCUCAAAUAUAUUUAAAUAUGAAUGAGUCAUUCAGAUAAGGGUCGGUGAACAGUGUUGGGUAAAUGACUGUUAAAAUGUUGCAAAAUGGAUUACUUUCAAUUAUACAUCUAUGACUAUUCUUAUCACCGUUUCAUAACUGCAUGCUAUCACUGUUCCUUAAAAAGAAUGCAUCCGAUGAUUUUUAGGUUAACAAUCUCUCUUCAACUGAGUCCAGUAUUGUUCCUCUCCGCGGAGUCCACACUCACAGGCCCCAGUGCUUCACACCCUCUGCGUUUGUCUGGCUCCACCAGCACACCCAGUCUCUUCUCAGGUGUACACUAGCGACACACACACAGGCCACAGCAGGUGUCCUUUUCACCUUUGACGUGUUCAGACUUUCUCUUCCUCCCCUAAGGCCAAGUCGUGUAUCUGCCACAUGUGCGGUGCACACCUGAACCGGCUGCAUUCCUGUCUCUACUGCGUUUUCUUCGGUUGCUUUGCCAAGAAACACAUCCACGAGCAUGCCAAAAACAAACGACACAACCUAGCUAUAGACUUAUUAUAUGGCGGCAUAUUCUGCUUCGUUUGUCAAGACUACAUAUAUGACAAAGACAUGGAACAGAUUGCCAAAGAGGAACAGAGGAAAGCCUGGAAAUUACAAGGUAUAGGAGAGAAGUACUCGACGUGGGAGCCUACAAAGAGAGAGCUGGAGUUGUUACGGCACAAUCCAAAGCGAAGGAAAAUCACUAGUAACUGCACCAUAGGUCUGCGGGGCUUAAUAAACCUAGGCAACACGUGUUUCAUGAACUGCAUCGUGCAGGCGCUCACACACACUCCCCUGCUGCGAGACUUCUUCCUCUCAGACAGACACAAGUGCGAGAUGCAAUCAAACUCCUGCCUCGUGUGUGAGAUGUCACAGCUGUUCCAGGAGUUUUACUCGGGGCACCGUUCUCCUCACAUUCCCUUCCGGCUGCUGCACCUGGUGUGGACUCACGCACGCCACCUAGCGGGCUACGAGCAGCAGGACGCCCACGAGUUCCUCAUCGCCGCGCUGGAUGUCCUGCACCGCCACUGCAAAGGUGACGACAAUGGCAAGAAGGCCAACAACCCAAACCACUGUAACUGCAUCAUUGACCAAAUCUUCACCGGCGGCCUGCAAUCGGACGUCACGUGCCAAGUCUGCCACGGCGUCUCCACCACGAUAGACCCGUUCUGGGACAUCAGCCUGGACCUGCCGGGCUCGUCCACGCCCUUCUGGCCCCUGAGCCCCGGCACCGACAGCAGCACUCCCAACGGGGAGAGCCACCUCACCGGCUCCACCACACUGACCGACUGCCUUCGCAGGUUCACUCGCCCCGAGCACCUUGGAAGCAGUGCCAAAAUCAAGUGUGGCGGUUGCCAUAGUUACCAGGAGUCCACGAAACAGCUGACCAUGAAGAAGCUGCCCAUUGUGGCAUGUUUCCACCUCAAGCGGUUUGAGCACUCAGCCAAGUUACGGCGGAAGAUCACCACCUACGUCUCUUUCCCUCUUGAACUGGACAUGACGCCAUUCAUGGCCUCCAGUAAAGAGAGUCGGAUGAAUGGCCAGUAUCAACAGACCGUAGAUGUCUUAAAUAACGAUAAUAAGUACUCGUUGUUUGCGGUGGUGAACCACCAGGGCACUCUGGAGAGCGGUCACUAUACCAGCUUCAUCCGACAGCACAGGGACCAGUGGUUUAAGUGUGACGAUGCCAUCAUCACCAAAGCCAGCAUCAAGGACGUGCUGGACAGCGAAGGGUAUUUGUUGUUUUAUCAUAAGCAGUUCCUGGAAUAUGAGUAGCCUUACCUGCAUCUGCAUCCGCUGCUGGGAAACCCACAAGCAGCCCCUAGCCGCACGGCUCCGAAUGGCCCGUGAGACCCAUACACACACACACGCACAAACACAGACAAACACACACACACACACACCUCUACCUGAAAACUCAACUGACUACCCAUCUGCCCGAGCACCCGCCAAGCGAGGAAGAGUGGGGCAGAAAAACAAACAAACAAACAAACAAACAAGAAAAAAAAUAGACAACAAAGUAAAUGAUGCAAACCGUUCAGCUGCACUGAGCACACUUGUACUUGACAACGGGGACGGCUUCGGAGGAGCACGCCGACAGCACGACAACACGUGGGGAGGCAGACGAGGAGGUGGGGGUGGAGCGGAGCGCCGAGGAGCAGCAGGACCCACAGGAGCCUCGGCUUUCCCUUCUUCCCUCCUCCGAGAUGAAGGGAUGCAUGGACAGAAGAGAGGAGGAGGAGGAGAAGGGCACAUCUCAACAACUACAGUAUUGUCUGAUUUUUUUUGUACUGUUUAGUUCUGUCGUUUUUUUUGUUUUUGUUUCUCUCCAUGGUGCUCUUUUUCUGGUUGUCUCAGCAUUAGGGAUGGGGGUGGGGGAGGGAGGGAGGAGGGGGACGGAUGGACAAUAAGGACCUGUGAGAUGACUGAACCCAGAAAGGUAUUAAUGAACACAACAACUUUAAAAAGAGAAUAUGACAAGUAAUUAUGAUGCUUGUUUGUGACGUUUAGUUAUGAAAUACUGUAUGACUCUCUUAGCACACUUUUCUUUUGGGACAAAACGUGGGAGGACUGCGUGGAAGGGCCAGUUGAUUGGCCGAAACUAGGGUGGCGCUGCUGCCCUGACGACGAAAAACAAAGAUGAGCCUGGACCUUUGUUUUCCUUUUUACUUUCUGUUUUUGUUUUGUUUUGUUACUUUUUGUACUCGUCUGUCUCUGUCCAUGGCAGGUCUUCAGGUCAUUGUCUUGUUUUGUCAUUUUGUUUUUUUGAUAUUUUUAUUGAAUUGUGGCGAGAACCGGGGUGUCCUUGCUGCAAAAAGACUGCGUGGGGUAAAAGGGGAGUCUUUGUCUUGGUUGUGAAAUGUUCUGGAUGUUCUCUAAUGAUCAUUAAAUGGGCACAAGGAGGCGGUCAGCAA